GAUCUUGACUUUUAAGAAAGUGUAAGAAACAGGGAGAAACACUAAAGCCUGGAUAUAAACCCAGAGCCAAAGAGACAGGGAAAAUUGAAGAGUUCAAAUCCGGGCUUCACUUCUUAUGGGCAAACACUGCACCUCUCUGUGCUCGCGUUUCCUGGUUUAUUCAAUAGGGAUAAUUACCUUUCUUCUAGUGUCGACUAAGCUCUAAAUGGGUUAAUGUAAGUUACACACAUGGCACAGGGACUGACACAUGUCACAGUAAAAGCUGGGUAAGUGGCAGAUAUUUCUGAAAAGAACGAUACUCAUCCUAUUCUCACCCCAACUUGCAGAAUUCAGGCAUUUGAAGUAGAUUAAAGGGCAAGGGUGAGUGGUUGGUUAGCUGUUGGCUGGACAGAACCCUGGGGUUGGUUUGCUGUGUCACCCCGGUGGGGCCCCUGUUGGUGGUCGUUGGACUUUGAGAUCUGUGCUCCAAGAUUCCGAGGACUCAGCUCAGCUGAGGAAGGGGAAGGCCAGGAGGCUGUAGGGCAGGGGGCCUGGGAGGCCGCAGGCAUCUUCUUCAUGCUCCUUUCCUUCCCUGGCACCGGGCCAGCUCGACCAGCCCCCUCCCAGCAGGAGGCCUCCCUGUCCCCCAGGCGUCCCGUGCCAGGGAAUAAACAGCAGAUAAGUCAGGGAGGGGACAGAGCAGCCCUGCGAGGCACAGGAGGGCAUCAUGGGCUGACUCGGGGACAGAUAAAACCAGAGGCUAGGAGCGGCUCCAGAGUAUAACCCUUCCAGGCCCAGAGUGCUCCGGGAAAUCGCCCGGGCCACACAGUCGAGCACCGAGCUGCGCAAGGAGAAGUCCCGGGAUGCGGCCCGCAGCCGGCGCAGCCAAGAGACCGAGGUGCUGUAUCAGUUGGCGCACACUCUGCCCUUCGCGCGCGGGGUCAGCGCCCACCUGGACAAGGCCUCCAUCAUGCGCCUGACCAUCAGCUACCUGCGCAUGCACCGCCUCUGUGCCGCAGGGGAGUGGAGCCAGGUGGGAGCAGGGGGUGAACCACUGGAUGCCUGCUACCUGAAGGCCCUGGAGGGCUUCGUCAUGGUGCUUACCGCCGAGGGAGACAUGGCUUACCUGUCGGAGAAUGUCAGCAAACACCUAGGCCUCAGUCAGCUUGAGCUCAUUGGACACAGUAUCUUUGAUUUCAUCCACCCCUCUGACCAAGAGGAGCUUCAGGAUGCCCUGACCCCCCAGCAGAGCCUGUCCAAAAGGAAGCCGGAGGCCCCCACCGAGCGGUGCUUCUCCCUGCGCAUGAAGAGCACCCUCACCAGCCGUGGGCGUACCCUCAACCUCAAAGCAGCCACCUGGAAGGUGCUCCACUGCUCUGGACACAUGAGGGCCUACAAACCCCCUGUAAAGACUUCCCCAGCUGGGAGCCCCAACUUAGAGCCCCCCCUGCAAUGCCUGGUGCUCAUCUGUGAAGCCAUCCCCCACCCGGGCAGCCUGGAGCCCCCACUGGGCCGGGGGGCCUUCCUCAGCCGCCACAGCCUGGACAUGAAGUUCACCUACUGCGACGAGAGGAUCGCUGAAAUCGCCGGCUACAGCCCCGAUGACCUAAUUGGCUGUUCCGCCUACGAAUACAUCCACGCGCUGGACUCGGAUGCAGUCGGCCAGAGCAUUCACACCCUGCUGAGCAAGGGCCAGGCAGUAACAGGGCGGUACCGCUUCCUGGCUCGGAGUGGUGGCUACCUGUGGACACAGACCCAGGCCACAGUGGUGUCAGGGGGCCGGGGCCCCCAGUCUGAGAGUAUCGUCUGCGUCCACUUCCUGAUCAGCCGGGUGGAAGAGACCGGGAUGGUGCUGUCCCUGGAGCAAACGGAGCGACACUCUCGCAGACCCGUUCGGCGGGGCGCCCCCUCUCAGAAGGAUACCCCGAAUCCUGGGGACAGCCUUGACGCCUCUGGUCCCCGGAUCCUGGCCUUCCUGCACCCCCCUGCCCUGAGCGAGGCCACCCUGGCAGCUGACCCCCGCCGUUUCUGUAGCCCUGACCUCCGCCGCCUCCUGGCACCUAUCCUAGAUGGGACUUCAGUAGCCACCACCCCCAGUGCACCCCCAGCAGCACGGCACCCCCAAAGUCCUCCUCCGGCUGACCUCCCGGAUGAGCUACUUGUAGAUGUGGAGAAUGCACACAAGGUCUUGGGCGCUGGGAAAGAGCUUGGGGCAGUGGAGACAGAUCUAGAUAUAGCUCAGGACGUCGAUACCCUGGAUUUGGAGAUGCUGGCCCCUUACAUCUCCAUGGAUGAUGACUUCCAGCUCAACUCCAGCGAGCACCUACCCAGGGCCUACCACAGACCUCCAGGGGCUGUCCCCCGGCCCCGCGCUCGGAGCUUCCACGGCCUGUCGCCCCCAACCCCUGAGCCCUCCCUGCUGCCCCGCUGGGGGAGUGACCCCCGGCUGAACUGCUCCAGCCCUGCCCGAGGGGAUCUCUCCGCAUCCUCCCACAUGGCUGGGGCUCGGAAAAGGACCCUGGCCCAGAGCUCAGAGGACGAGGCCGAGGGGGUGGAGCUGCUGGGAGUGAGACCCCCCAAACGGUCCCCAAGCCCAGAACCUGAAAACUUCUUACUGCCUCCCCUCAGCCUGAGUUUCCUUCUGACAGGAGGACCAGCCCCAGUGAGCCAGCAGGAUCCCAGCACCCACCUCCUGGCACUGAAUGAGCCCCUAGAACUGCCUGCCCUGGUGCGAUGCUGCUUCCACAGCCCCUCCGCAGAGUGCCAGACGAGCUGCCCUCUUGCAUGGGCCCCUCACUGCUGUGUCUCUACCUGGAUGAAGACACCACCCAACCCAAGAGCCACUUCCAGCCAGCGACAGGCUUGGCCCAGGCCAACUGAGCCAACCCCUUUGCCCAUCUCUCUUCUCUUCCCCAGAAAGGACCUCAACCACACUCCAAGCUGGCAGUCAACGCACAGGAUGGGGGAGCAGGAGGGGUUCCUGCUCUCCUCUCAGUGGCCCCUGCCCGCCUCGGGCCUACCUCAGCCUCCACCCCUCUGCCCAUGCCCUAUCUGGGGGCUCUUUGGGGUGGUCUCAGCUCAGUGACCUCUGGGAGGGUGUCCCUGGCCCCCUCCUCCUCCUUCUCUCAGGACUUCCCUUGGGGUUCUUGAUACUGGUUACCUCAUCCCUUUUUCUAACUCUCUUGGCUUUAUUUUGCGUAAUUAGAGGUGGGGGAGGUUGGGGUUCAGAUCUGUGUUUCUGGGCUCUGAGAAGUAUUGAUAACCAUAAUCACAUUUCUUUCCAUCCAUUUUUCUUUUAUUACUAUUUUUAUUGUUUUCAUGAUAUGGUUUUAAUCACUAUGAAUUGCCCGGUGUCCAUAAGAAUGUGGGACUCCGAUCUUCCCCCCUGCCACUCAGGUGUCAAUGGAGAGGGAAGCCUCUAAGACAGACCUCCCCCCACGGCGACUUCUGAUUGAGCCCUUAGCCUCCCAAGCGGCCACCCAGUUCUGCCUACCCCCUCCACUCUGGACUUCUGCCCCCAGCCUCUCCUGGAAACUGACUUCAUUCAUGGAUUUCCUAUUCCAGGUGGAGCCUCUAACAUUCUCUGCUUCCAGACAAUACAACCUCCAACCUUCUCCAGGUCUAGACCACACAGUGUCAGACCUUCUCUGGUUCUAGACUGCACAAAUUUCAACCUUCCUGGUUCUGGACUGCGCAACCUCCAAUGUUCUUUGGCUCUAGACUUCACAGCCUCCAAUGUGGUCUAUUGUAGACCUCACAUCCUCUAAACACCUCUGAUUCCAGAUCCCACAAUCUUCGAUUCUUUAUCAUUCUGAAUCUCACAACUUCCAACUCUAUUUUCAUACUUCAUGGUCUCCAAAGUUGUCUGACUCUAGGCCUUGCAAUCUCCAACUCCCUCUGGCUCUAGAGCCUCUGACCACCAGAGUCCUCUGGUUCUAGUUCUCUGACUUCCUCUGGUUCUAGACCUGUCCCUGUAAAUCUCUCUUGUUCUAGAUUUCACAUUCUCCAAUUCCUGCUGGUUCCAGAUCUUACAGCUGAUGAUUUCCUCUGAUUCUGGGCCCCAUAACCCCAGGCUUCCUAUUGGUUCUAGUCUUCCCAACCUAUCGCACAUUUGGUACUGAAUCCAGACUUCCUGCUUUCUAAAUCUCAUGAUCCCUCGUGAUCCUUUUUACUUUCUACACUCAAGAUUUGCUUUUCCCAUCAAAAAAAAAGUAAAAUGAGUUUUAGGUCUUCAUCUUAUAACCAGUUCUUCCAAAACCAGACAUCAUGCUCCACUUCUCUUUUGUUCUAGACUUCAUGACCUCUACCGUUCACUGGUUCUAGACUACACAAACUCUAGACUUUGCAACUUCCAGGGCCCUGUGAUUCCAGAUCAAAUGAUCUCCCUUUUCUCUGGUUCUAGAACUUAGCCUCAAAUGUCUUCUGAUUCCAGACCUCGUCCUAUAAAUUCCCUUGGUCCUAGACCUCACAAUCUCCAAUCCCCUCUCACUUCAGAUAUUAUGACUCCAACUUACCCAGGGUUUAGAACUCAGCCUUCAAACAUCCCAAUUAUAGACCUUGCCUUACAAAUUUCUCUGGUUCUAGACCUUACGAUUCCCAACUCUUGACUCCAGGUUUUAUGACUCUAAAAUCCCCCUGGUUCUAGAACUCAGUCUUCAGGCUUUUUCUAAUUCUAGUACUUACUCUAUAAUUUUCUCUGGUUCUAGACCUCACAGCUGCCAACUGCCUGAUUUCAGAUCCAAACUCUUCUGGUUCUGGAAACUCAGCCUCCAAAUGCUUCUGAUCCUAGAAUCUGGACCUCAUUCUGUAGAUUCGUCUAGUUCUGAAUCUUACAGCCUCUGGCUCCCUGAUUCUGUACUCCAACCUUCUAACUCUAUUCUGGGCUUCCCACCGCACUCAACUUGCCCCAAUUCCUACUGUCUUAAGUCUUCCCAUUCCAGAUCCCUACCAUCCAGGUUUCUCUGCUCAUGGACUUCAUGCUCAAGCCUCUCCAUUCUCAAUCUUAUAUCCCUAAAAUUUUUCUGUCCUAGAACCCCCUACAGUCCCCACCUCAGCCCUCCAGAUGUGCACUUGCCUUUACUUUACCCCAGGUAUCUAAGAGAUCGGGGGCUCCCUCACCUCUUUGGGGGGUUCACAGUCCAGAAGACUUCCCCAGCCGCACAGGCACACGCACAGCCCUAUCUGCAUAUCGUGGAGUGGGAAGAGAGGCUAAGACUCCUCAGUUCUCUGCAACCACCUAGGUGUCCCCAGCCCCCUUUCUUUCCACGAUGGUGCUACUCUUGGUCACCCACAGGAAAUGGCCUUCCUCUCUCAGACGGAUUCACCCCCUUUUUGGAAGGCACUUCUUACUGUUUUGUCAGGGGAUUGCCUGUCCAGAUUGGUGCUAUGGGGGGGGGGAGAAGGGUCUCACCCCUAUCCCCCUCAGGGGGUGACCUGGGACCUCAAUAAGGGACUGACUAGCCACCUUGGCUCUGAAACCCACUAAUCUCUAUACCACCAACCAUAAAGACCUCGCCUUGGUAGGCACCAGAA